AUGGAUUUGCCCCUGUCACAACCCCUUUUGAAAAUUAUUGUGAGCUACAGUGAGGCUGGAGCAAACCUUCGCCAGCCAGAUUUUCAUUGGCUUGAAAAUGUGGAAAAUCGUGUAGGACCAUCUUCCUGCCGCAGGUUUAUUGCUCACUGGAAGUUGUCGGGCAGUAGACAUUGGCUCACUGGACUGCUUGACGAGGAAGACUUUCUUCUUCUCUACCCGCAUUAUCGAAGCAUUCUCCCGGGUCUUUUGGAGCUUUAUCGAAGACAAAGAACACUUCUUGAGGAUGGUGACGGCCUUAGAGUGGAGCUCCUGCGGCCAUUUAUAGACUCAACCAGCAAAGAGAUAUUCGGAGUGGAGUUGGACGACCUCUGUAUACCCAUGACAGUGGAAUGCAAUUCCCAUAUGAAAACUACUACUGUGAAGCUUAGAGACGUGUAUCCCUGGGAAUCAGGAAAUGCAACGACUACAUGUGGAGACGACGAAGUGGAAUACGUGACCAGCGAUAACUACGGGGUUUAUAUUCGCAGAUUGCUGGAAUUUUGUUUGGAUAAAGGCAUUCGCGCUCAAAUGGAAGCCUUUGUCUGUGGAUUCGAGCGUGUAUUUCCCCUCAAAUGGUUAUCAAUGUUCACCUGCACAGAAGUUCAGAAGUUGGUAAGCGGCCAGCUUGCGGAGAAGCCGUGGUCACUGGACGAGCUUAAAGCAAAUAUUCUCUUCGGUGAUUUCAGCGAAAAUUCCAAGACGAUUGAAUAUUUCUUUAAGGUGCUUAUUGGCUUCAACGUAGAGGAACGUCGGAAAUUCUUGCGUUUUGCUACUGGCUGCUCAACCCUACCCAUGAAUGGGUGGAAAGAUUUGUCGCCAAAAUUCCAAGUUCAUAAGUCUAGUGAAGGAAGCAGAAAGGCAUAUCCGUGUGCGCAGGCGUGUUUCAACACAUUGUACCUACGUGAAUACGCUACUUUGCAGGAGUUGCGAGAUCAUCUGAUUUUCGCCAUCAAUCAGACUUCCUUCCUUAUUGCGUAG